AUGCCACCCAGACCACCAUGUCGCUCUUGUAUGGCGGCUGCCCUAAUGUCAGCGAGAUCAACCAGGGGAAGAGAUGGGCUCGUCACUACUCAACAAUGUGAGAAUCUGCGAUUUCACCGGCCAGCUUGCGGGUGCGGGAGCAACUCGACAUCUGGCCGCGUUCGGGCCCAGGUGAUCCGCAUCGAGGAUCCGGUGCGUCAAGGCAAGUGGGACAUCCUGCGAGGGUCACCUCCGUUCAAGGACGAACGCCGUGGCAUCGAGUUCGGAUCUGGCUUCCAGAAUCACAAUGUUGGCAAGCUCGGCAUAACGGUCGAUCUGCGAACUGAUCGAGGCAAACAACUCGUCACCGAACUCGUGCGCGUCAGCGACGUCGUGACCGAGAACUUCGCGUCUGGCGUGAUGGAGCGCAUGGGAUUCAGCUACGACCAACUACGCGAGAUCCGCGAGGACAUCAUCUAUGUGUCGAAUUGUGGAUUCGGGCAGACGGGACCCUAUGCCGACUUCAAGUCGUGGGGACCCAUCGCGCAGGCGAUCGGCGGGCUUACGUUCACCUCCGGCCUGCCAGACAUGCCACCCGCGGGGUGGGGCUACUCCUAUAUGGAUCAUCACGGGGGCUACUUCAUGGCCAUCGGGAUACUCGCCGCGCUGACCCAUCGAGAGAGCACCGGGCAGGGGCAAUGGGUCGACAUGUCGUGCUCCGAAGCAGGCGCAUCGUUGAUGGGUCCGGCCGUGCUCGACUACACCGUGAAUGGUCGGGGCUCACGCCGCGACGGUUCCCCUCAUAGCAACCGAGACUUCUCGGGCACGAUGGCACCCCAUGGCAUUUAUGCCACCCAAGGCACCGACAAUUGGAUCGCCAUCGCGGUCCGCGAUGAUCACGAAUGGGCCUCGCUAGCUCGCGAGAUCGGCGAGGACUGGGCGCUCGCUGCGGAACUCUCGACGAUCAGCGCAAGGCGAGCGAUCGAAGAUGUGCUCGACGCCGAGAUCGAUCGUUGGACCCGCCGUCAUGAUCGACAUGAUCUCGCUCAGAGGCUGCAGCGUCUCGGAGUGCCCGCCUCAGCGGUUGCGCGGCCAGGCGAACGAAUCGACAAUGACCCGGCAACCGACGCCUGGGGGCUGUGGCCCACCGUCAAGCACACCGCGAUGGGCGAGGUUCGAGUCGAUGGACUGCCUGUGCACUUCAGCGAGACCGACUGGGACAUCGAGAAGGCCGCACCCACGUUGGGCGAAGACAACAAUUUUGUGUUCGGCGAGCUGCUCGGCAUUCCCCAGGAACAGAUCGACUCGCUGCGUGAGGAUGGUGUUAUCUAA